UGUUGUUGUUAGUGUCGCUAUCCUUGGCAAUCGUCGGUCGGUUGCUUGCCAAGAAAUUGGAUACGUUGCCGUAAAAGUUCACUUGAUUUAUAUUCAAUGCACAACACAAUGUGUCUUCUGAGCUAAGCCCUGCUGAGCUCUGCUGGUGUACGAGUAUUAGCUGAUGUAUUAACGUGGCCACUGGGCUGCCAAUCUGUUGGCUCUUGUUUCGGGAUAUGUGCAACUAAAACGUUUAUUAUUAAAAAAAAAAAUACAUUGAAAUAUAUAUUGUGAGCCAUGAGUGAACCACAUCAACAACACGAGCAAUUGCAACGACGUCGUCGCCGCUGCCGCCAGCCGGCCGAGCCUUGUGAGUGUUUACGUCCUGUGAUAAGGGUUUUUGGUCUGCUGACUUCAUUCGUUAUCUGCGGAGUGGGCGUUGAUGUCUACAUGCAUGGCUAUCAGGCGGGCCUCUUUAUAUUUUUUUCAGCUUUGCUGGUGCUGUUCAUUGAGUUAAAAUGGCUGAUAACCAUAUUUCUGCAGCUCCAGUGCGGCGACGAUAAUUACCACAGCUCCUCCUACUGUCUGGACUGCUGGCGUUUGUCAACGUUGCUGGGUGGUUGGCGGCCGGCGCCCAUAUAUGUCGCCAUGGGCGUGGCACUGAUACUCUUUCCCCACAAUCUUUGGCUGAGCUAUGUGGCUGGUAUGUUUCUGCUGCUCCUGGCUCUGUUGCGUCUCUGCACGCUGCUUAGAUUUGGCGGAGGAGCCGGUCACUUCAAGGACGAGGGCCUGCUGCCACAAUGCGAUUUCGAAAAAGUCUCAAGCUUUGUGGACAGCGUCGAGGACGACUUCGCUGAGGUCAGCGUCUCGCAGCCAGAUGAUGAGGAGCCGACCAUGGAGGAUGAAGUUUGCUAAUGGUUGCUGGUAUUGUUUAUAGUGUCAUUUUCUUGGUUUCUCAAAUUUUUCAUUGGUCUUCUGUUCUUCAUUGUUUCACAUUUCAAACACUUUUAAGACUAACCGAUAUUUUAGCUAGAGUUCAUAAUAAACUGGGGGAAAUUUUCGUCCCGAAUGCUUUUAUUUACACUUCAUAAAUAUAGAGUUUUCCAUGCAGGAACAUUAUUUUUAA